GCGUGCAACGUCACAGAUAUAUAGACCUUUGUCGUAGUUUGUAUUAGCAUACACGUCUGCUCAACGGUGUAGCUGCUGUUGUCUUGUCUCUCCGCGCAGGCGACUAAGACCGACGGAAAAUGGGAGUGCGGGUGCUGGAGAACCAAAAAGAAUUUGAAUUGGUACUUAAGGAGGCAGGAUGCAAACUGGUGGUUGUUGACUUCUCUGCAGUGUGGUGUCAUCCUUGUAACAACAUGAAGCCAACAUUCCUAACUUUGGCAGAGAAACAUCAAGAUGUAAUUUUCUGUGAAGUAGAUGUGGAUGAUGCACAAGAUUGUGCUGAAAGCUGUGGCAUUAAAUGCAUGCCAACAUUCCAAUUCUACAAGAAUGGACAGAUGGUGUUUGAAUUUUCUGGAGCCAAUAAAACAACACUGGAAGACAAAAUUCAAGAGUUGUGCUAAUGUUCUUAAUGAAACUGGUGUUUGAAACAUAAAAAUCAAUAAUAAAUCUUUAGUUUAUUGUAAAGGUA